CUCUCCGCUUCCUGCUCCUUUUUUUUUUUUUUUUUUGCAGAGUUGACAUUUUCCACUGCUGAAGUUAAUAAACACCCGAGUUCCUCCUCCACACACUGCCAGGAUGGAGAUCAGCUUCACGGGGCAGCGAGCUCUGGUCACCGGGGCAGGGAAGGGGAUCGGGCGGAGCACAGUAAAGGCGCUGCAGGCGGCGGGAGCCGAGGUGAUCGCAGUGAGCCGGAGCCCCGAAGACCUGCAGAGCCUGGCCCUGGAGUGCCCAGGAGUGGAGACUGUGUGCGUGGACCUGGGGGACUGGUCAGCGACAGAGGCCGCCCUGAGUAAUAUCGGGGCAGUGGACCUUCUGGUGAAUAACGCGGGUGUUGCUUUACUGCAGCCCUUUCUUGACGUUACACAGGAAGCAUUUGACAGGAGCUUUGAUGUGAAUGUGAGAGCUACUGUCGUGGUGUCACAGAUUGUUGCCCGUCACAUGAUUAAGCGCGGAGUUGGGGGCGCAAUCGUCAAUGUGUCCAGCCAGGCAUCACAAGUCGCAUUACAGGACCACUCUGUCUAUUGCGCCACCAAAGGAGCUCUUGACAUGUUAACAAAGACGAUGGCUCUCGAACUGGGACCCAAAAAGAUUCGUGUUAAUUGUGUGAAUCCCACCGUAGUCAUGACUGACAUGGGACGUGCUAACUGGAGUGACGCUCACAAAGCUGCCCCAAUGCUGAAUCGGAUCCCAUUAGGUCGCUUUGCCGAGGUGGACGAGGUGGUUCACAGCAUUCUCUUCCUGCUCAGUGAUAAAAGUACCAUGAUCACCGGCUCCUGCCUCCCUGUGGAUGGAGGAUUCCUGGUAACCUGAUCGAGAGAAAACCGAUUCCUCAGGUUGGCAGAAACUCGUCAUGUGCCUUCUCCCUUUCUGCCCCUUAUGCUGUAGAAGAAUCCUGGAUGCUGCAGCUAGAAGAUAUUCUGCCAUACGCUCUCAUUACUGGAUAUAUUUGUUAGUCCCGACAAGAGGAAAUGUGAUUAUAGCCAGGACAACAUUCAUGUGUAGCAUCAGCGAGCUGAUCGCUGCCCUGCCUGCCUUAUGAGCCGAUCAAUAAACCAUUACUGGAAACAC